AUGGCUGAGCAGAUCGAGAGCCGCCUGGAGCAGUGGGCGGGCGAGCUGCUGCUGCAGCAGCGGCUGCAGCUGCUGCAGCAGCAGGAAGUGCGGAUUCUGAUGCGGCGGCGCAGAGAAUUCGAAUAUGCCAUUUCUGCAAGAAGGGCCCUUCCCCCGCUGCUGUUUCUGCGCUAUGUGUCUUUCGAGUUGUCUCUGUACUGUUUGAUAAGGGGCCGCAGCAAGCAGAAGCUGCUGCUGCUGCGGCAGCAGCUGAAGCAGCAGCGCAGCCAGCAGCGGCGCCGCAAGGCCGCCAACAGCAGCAGCAGCAGCAGCAGCAGCAGCAGCAGCAGCAGCAGCAGCAGCAAGGCGGAGCGGCGGUACAAGGCCAUGCGCAGCAGCAACGUGGCCUUCUUGCGGGCUGUGGUGUCUCGAGUGAGUUCGAUCUUCGCGCGUUUGCUGCUGCGGCACAGCAGCAGCAGCUUGUGGUUUUGCUUCAUCGACGUGCUGCUGCAGCUCGGCGCCACGCGCGCCGUGCUGCAGCAGCUCAUGAGGGCCCUCGCGCUGCACCCCUGCUGCUGCAGCCUCUGGCUGAUGGCAGCAGAUCGUUUGCUGCAGCAGGGGCAGCUGCAGGCAGCUCGCCGGCUGCUGCUGCUCGCGCUGCGCUUCUGCCCCAAAGACAGCAGCGUGUGGCUGCAGCUGCUGCGGCUCGAGGCUUCUGCUGUUUACAGACUCUGCGCCAGCAGGCUUUCCAGCAGCAAACCCGCAGCAGCAGCAGCAGCAGCAGCGGAUGCUGCUGCUGGGGAGCGCGACCCGAAGCUCCCAGAAGAUGGCAACGAAGAAGACCUCGACGUCCUGCAGCUGCCAAAAAUCAGCAGCAGCAGCAGCAGCAGCAGCGUGAACAAGGCAGCAAGCAUGGCGGUGGAGCAGAAGGUGCUGCCCGUGUCGCUGCAGCCCUGCAAACUCAUUGUGACCGCAGCAGCAGAGCGGCUUGCUGCAGCUCCUGCUGCAACAGCAGCAGCAAAAGGCAGCAGCAGCAGCAGCAGCAGCGCGGACACCAGCGAGAGGGACGCGUUCCUGCUGCAGGCCUUGGAGCUAUCUCUGCAGCUCGAAGCCAGUGCAGCGCAGCAGCUGCUGCAGCAGGAGACAGCAGAGCUGCAGCAGCACUUAGCAGCACAGCUCACUGAGGCGGCGCAGCAGCAGCCGCUGUUCGAGCCCCUGAGGUGGAAGCUGCUGCUGCUGGAAGCGGUGCAGCAGCAGCAGCAGCAGCAGCAGACUGAAGCGCAGCAGCAGGAGCAGCAGCAGCAAGAGCAGCAGCAGCAAGGCGUUAUGGACUGCUUUGAAGCAAUCACUUUGACAGCUGCAGAUACACCGCAAACUGCAGUGCUGCUGGGCCCCUUCCUUUCCACCUUAGAAGCAGCAAGCCGCAGCAGCAGUAGCAGCGCCAGCAGCAGUGCCAGCAACACCGGCAGCAGCAGCAGCAGCAGCGCCGGCAGCAGUACCAGCAGCAGCAGCAGCAGCAACUGGUUCGACUCCAUCGAGGUGGUGAUUGAUGUGGAAGGCGAAGAUGCGCCCAUUGAGGUCCAUGAUGGUGAGCAGCUGAUGCAACAGCAGCAGCAGCAGCAGCAACAGCUGCAGCUGCAGCAGCAGCCCUACGGCCUGGACGCGGUGUUUGACGCUGCUGCAGCAGCGCAGCAGCAGCAGCAGCAGCAGCAGCAGCUGCAGCAGCAGCAGCCGGCGGCUCUCGAGACCCAAACGCUACUGCGGCUGCAGCACGAAGAACAACAGAGGCAGCAGCAGUUGCUCAUGCAGCAGUAUGCGCUCAGCAGCGCCCAGAGGCAGCAGGACAUGCAGCAGCAGCAGCAGCAGCAGCUUGGGGCAGACACGCAGGCGCAGCAAGGCGCAGUAGCAGGCGGCCUCCUUGCGAAUCCUGCUGCAGCAACAGCAGCAGCAGCAGCCUUUCAGCCAGCCGCUGCCCCGACCAUCGAUGCAGCCACUGCUGCAGAGCAACAGUUGUUGCUGCAGCAGCAGCUGCUGCUGCAGCAGCAUCAACAGGCUAGCUCGUUUCCCCCAACUGCCGGCGGUUCCCAGCAGCAGCUGGCAGAGCCCCUGCAGCAGCUGCAGCAGCAGCUGACAGAGCCGCUGCAGCAGCAGCAGCAGCAGCAGCAAGGACCGGCAAUGCAGCAGCUUAGGCCCUCUCAGACAGGGCCUGAUACUGUACGCAGCGGCGCAGGGCUAGGCAGUUUGCCGCCAGCAGCAGCAGGGGCUCAGCAGCAGCAGCUGCAGCAGCAGCUGCAGCAGCAGCUGCAGCAGCAGCUGCAGCAGCAGCAGCUGCAGCAGCAGCAGCUGCACCAGCAGCAGCUGCAGCAGUGGUCCUCUCGAAACGCUUCUGCUGUCCCGAGAGACACUGAAGCUGAGGCGCUGGGCGACGGUCUGCUGCCAACUGCUGCAGCAAACCAGCCAAGAGCUGCAGCAGCAGCAAUGCGCAGCACAGCAGAGACUGAGGCAGAGGACGCAGAGGACGAAGAGCCAGCAGCAGCACAUGCUGCAGCAGCUGCAGCAGCUACAGCAGCUGCAGCAGCUGCAGCAGCUGAAAGGCGUCGCCAGCCACCUGCUGCUCCUGCUGCUGCUGCACUGACCACUAGAAGCAGCCGAGAGCCAGCAGCAAAUGAGAACUCCUGGCAAAGGAGGGCCCCAGAAGCAGCAGGCAGCAGAAUGGCAGCAGCAGAAGGGCCUUUGCUUCCAGAGUCUGAGGACCAAGAUGAGGCUUCAGUGGCUCUACAGCGCCGCAGUCGAACACGGCAGCAGCAGCAGCAGCAGCAGCUGCAGCUGCAGCAGCAGCAGCAGCUGCAGCAGCGGCAGUCCAGCAAUCGGCAGCAGCAGCGGAGGGUAGCUGCCAGCACCCAAAAUGGCCGCGCCUCCGCCAGCAGCAGCAGCAGCGAAAGUGCUGCGCAGCUCUCUCGUCGCGAGCGUCUGCAGCAGCAGCAGCAAACCAGGCAAGCAACGGCGCAGAGUGGGCGCCGGCAGGACCUGCAGCAGCAGCAGCAGCAGCAGCUGUUGCAGCAGCAGCAGCAGCAGCGGCAACAGCAGCUGUUGCAGCAGCAGCAGCAGCGGCAGCAGCAGCUGUUGCAGCAACAGCAGCAGCAACAGAUGUUGCAGCUGCAGCAACAGCGGCAGCAGCAGCAGCAGCAGUGGCAGCAGCAGCGGCAGGAGCGUGCGCACCAGCGGACUGCUCUGGCUGCUCCUGGAGCAGCGCCAGCAGCUUCCCCAGCAGCAGCAGCAGCAGCACGAGCAGCAGCAGCAACACCAGCAGCACCUGCAACAAUAACAAUAAGCGCAACAGGGGCAAUUCACCACCCGGCUAUGCAGCAGCAGCAUCCCUACGGCAGCAGCCUAGCUGUGUCGCCGCAGCAGCAGGCGCUGCUGCUGCUGCAGCCCCACCCUCACCUGCAGCAGCAGCAGCAGCAGCACUACGUCAUCACUGCAGCGCCGCAAAUGUAUGCCCUGCAGGCCAGCAGCCCCCCUGUUAUUUGGCAGCAGCGAAGGGCCCAGACGCAGCCAGCUGCUGCUGCUGCUGCUGCUGCUGCACCCCCUGGAGGCCCCCCUGGCUUCGUUUCGGAGGAGGGGAGGGCCCCUGAAGCUGCUGCUGCUGAGCCCGACUCUGCUGCUGCUGCUGCAGCCGAUUCUGCUGCUCCUGCUGCAGUUGCUGCUGCUGCCCGGCGCCGCCUCGCAGAGCGAGAAAGCGAAAGCGCAGCAGCAGACUCACCAAUCGUGCUGCUGGUGAGAGUGAAAGCAGCAGCAAACCAACUGCUGCUGCAGGACCCGCAGCAGCAGCAGUUCUUCCGGACAGGACUCUUGACGGUGCUGCAGCAGCAAGCAGCAUGGAGGGCCCCCUUUGACUCUGUGGCAGUGGAGCUGCUGCAGCUCAGCUCAGCAAAAGGCAAAUUGAAUUUAAUUCUUGCUGCUGCAGCAGACAACAGCAGCAGCGCAGCAGCGCACAGGGUCACCUGCGCCCUUGCCGAGGCCCUUUCUGCUCCUCCAGUCCACGCAAUGUUUAAGGCGUGGGGUGCCAGUGGCCCCGUGGAAAUCUACGGGGCCCCCGAGAUCGGCAGCUGCUUGUGGGCCCCCAAGAGGGGCCCCCUGGAGUGGCUGCAGCUGGAAGUGACUCCGCAGCUAAGUUCUUUAGAAGAAGAGUUUGCUGCUGCAGCACAAGACGUUUACCUGCGCAUGCAUCUCGACGGGCUGCAGCUGCAGCAGUGGGGCCAGACCCUGCGGGCCCUGAUGCGCUGGCUCGAGCAGCAGCAGCAGCAGCAGCAGCAGCAGCAGCAGCAGCACCAGCGGCAGCAGCAGCAGGAGCUGCAGGACGUGCUCGCAGAGCUGCUGUCGCUCUUCGGGGCAGCUGAGGCCCGCAAGCUGCUGGAGGAGGUCUCGAAGGCGGGGGCCCCCGUGGCCCGUCCGUCCGUGCUGCUGCUGCUGCUGCUGCAGCUGCAGCAGAUGAUGCAGCAGCAGGACCCCGCCCCAGGGGCCCCCACCUACAAAAUGGCUGCAGCAGCAGCUGCUCACCUCUCCCCGCUGCUGCUGCGCGCCACUCAACGCAGCCUCCAAAAGGCCCUUCCCCAGGCGGGGGGGCCGUCGCUGGAAGCUGAGGUGUACAGACACCUCAGCGCAACGCAAGCAGCUUUUGCUGCUGCUCAGCCAGACAUUGAUUUGCUGCUGCCUCCCACUUCCUUCUUUUCUUGUUUGCUGCCCAACGAACUCCACGUCCUCCCAGGCUACGCAACAGCAGCAGAUGAAAGUUUAGCAGAACCUGCCAGCCCCCAAGUCAUUCACUUUCUCUUCAACAAGCAGCUGCUGCUCGACUCCUUCUCGCAGCAGCAGCAGCAGCAGCAGCAGCAGGUUGAAUCCGACGACCGCCACGAAGCCCCCGACCCGCAGCAGCAGCAGCUGCAGCAGCAGCAGCAGCAGCAGCAGCAGCAGGAAGAAGACGAGGAGCUGGAGGAGGAGGAAGCAGCACUGGAGGAAGCAGCAGUUUUGCUGCUGGACUUUCUGUGGAAAGUCUGCGGGGGAAAUUUGCUGCUGCAGCAAAGCGGCAGCAGAAACUCCAAAAGCCUCGCAGCCUUUUCCUUCCGCGCCGAGCCGGCCGCUGGGACUUCAAAAGAAGAAAUGGAAAAAAUGAAAAAAAGAAUUUUGCAGUUGGCGGUGUUGCCGGAGUCUGAGGUGUACAGACACCUGCCCUACGGCGCGCUCGUGGUGCGGAUGCCCAAAGACGAGUGA